GCGUUCUGCGCCGGCUUAUGAUUGGCUGCGGGGUGGUGUCGGUCCUUUUCUCUUCCGGUCGCAGGAGCCGCGGUCGCAGCCAUGAAUGACACAGUGACCAUCAGAACCAGGAAAUUCAUGACCAACAGACUUCUGCAGCGCAAGCAGAUGGUCAUUGAUGUUCUUCAUCCUGGGAAGGCCACAGUCCCCAAAACAGAAAUCAGGGAAAAGCUGGCAAAAAUGUACAAGACAACCCCUGAUGUAAUUUUCGUCUUUGGCUUCAGAACUCACUUUGGUGGUGGCAAGACAACUGGUUUUGGCAUGAUCUAUGAUUCCCUGGACUAUGCAAAGAAAAACGAACCAAAGCACAGGCUUGCCAGGCACGGCUUGUAUGAAAAGAAAAAGACUUCCAGGAAGCAGCGAAAAGAGCGUAAGAACAGAAUGAAGAAAGUCAGGGGCACAGCCAAGGCAAAUGUUGGUGCUGGCAAGAAGAAAUGAAGUAUCUGCAGUAAAUGAACAUUCUUCAGGUGGAAAACGGAUGACAGGCGGCAUCAUUCUAUGAAGAAGUAUAGAAUUAAUUACUCUGGAAAGCAGAAGAUGCUCAUCUGACUUUAACAUCAAAUAAACUCUGUUAAUAAAAUACUGGUUUGCCUUUUAAUUUUGAUUCAAAAGCUACCAUUUUGUAAAGUUUGAGGAAUUCAGUAUAGGUGUACUGUUUGCACUGGAUUAAAAUCUGUUCAUAAUUAAACAA